AGAGGCCGGACCUGGGCAACCCCAGCCUGGAGGUGCCGGGGUCGGAGCUCCCAGAGGGCUGGGUGCGAGGCCUAGGCGGGGUCAGGUUCGGGUUCCUAGGCCAUAGCGGAGCUGCAGCCCAGGCGGCCGGAGCGGAACCCAGCCCCGCUCCGAGUGCCACGUCUCCAGGAACCCCCUCCUUACUCUUGGACAACACUCCGCCCCCGCCCGGGCCUCCGUCCCCCAAACCGCCCUCAUUUGUGCAGCGCCAGAUCCUUCGGACACAUCCCUAGGUGUCUCCAUCCUCGUUCGGUCCAUCCAACUCCCAGACCUCACGUCAACCGGCUGCAUCCCACUUUCCAGCCUGCGCCCCAGAUCUGCAGCCUUCGCCCCUAGAUACACCCGCCUGGUGAUGAGGCGCUCCUCGCGUUCCUUCCGGUAGCCGCGUUGCGAAGACCACGCUGCCGGGUUGCAAACUUGGGGGAACUUCCUCCCUCCCCUCCCCCUGGGCGCCGUGCAACUGCCCUGGGACCGGGUUCUGGGAUGAGGGGGGCAGACCGGGCUCCCCAGCGGCCGGCGCAGCACGUAGCGCACGUGUAGGGCCCGCUCCCCACCCCCUCGCCGCCUCUGACAACUUUCCAGGGCUCCCGGUGUCGUCCGUGAGCCUCCCUUCCGCCCUGGCCUCCGGUCUCUGCCUUGCUCGUGCUUCUACCACCACCCUUCCCCUCCCAACCCGGUGGAUCCUCUCGUCUCCCCCAGUCUCCAGUGCACCGGCUUUCCCUCGUCCUCUGCGCAGUCCAUCUCAGCUCAUCUCUCCAAUUCAAUGCCAUCAUCUCUCCUCACCAUCUCUCGGUGCCCUGGAAUGUUUGCUGUCAUAUGUCCCCUGUGAAACCCACAAACGCUUGCGAUUUGGCCUUCUUGUUUUAUUUUGUGUAGUCCUACAACGUCUUGUUACUACCCCCUAUUACAACACUUAUAACUCAGUAUUUGUCUUUUUUCCGCGGUGUCCCUGCACUCUCCCCAUACAUAUUCCUCUCCUGCCAGAUUGUAAGCCUCUAGAGGGAAGGAGUAAUGUCUCUCUCCUUGGCACCAGGCACGUGGCACACGCUCCACAAAUAUUUGUUGAAAGGGAGGGUAAAUGGCCUUGAGUUUCUGUGGCUACCAUUGGCUGAGGAUGGAGCUUUGGGCUGGACAAAGAAGAAUCUGGUUGACCACAUGAAGCAGGAAGGAGGCUCAGAACGGUGUUGAGGGAGCCUCCACAAUGGGUGGGCACCACAGUGUCACCACCAGCACCCCUAAUUUGGGUCUCUGGGCUGAGGGGCCCCUGGCAGCAUGCUCAAUGGCCUUGGAUAGCUGGAAUGUUUGGAAUUGCCUGCAUCUUGGAUGAAAGUCUUAACAAUAGAAUGAAAACUGCUGCAACACUGUGUCAGCACUUUACAGACCACCACUGUAAAUUCCCAGUUGAAACUGGGAAUUUGGAAUUCCAUGUUCAACCAAAUCAUGCUGAGUGCCCAGCACAGCAUCUGACACACUAAAUGCUACAGAAGUCUGUUGAACUCAGAGGGCUGAAUGACAGCAGUCUUCCCUCCGUGACUGGGAAACUACACGGGAGGAACUGUAUCCUGACGCAGACGUGAUGCGGUGUUCCAUCAGGAAAUGCUUCAUACUCUCAGUGGGCAUUGUAUUCCUGUGGCCCUUCAUCACUUUGAAAACCCCCAAGGAAACUGAAGAUGAUCAAAAUGUGAUGACUGUCAAAGGCCAAGUAGCAAGUCUUGAGCCUUGCUCAGUUUGGGAACUGGGAAUAUAGGGUGGAAAUGGUGUGGACAGGCAGAUUCUGGAAAGCCCCUGGGCUUUCUUCCUUCCUGACCUUUUCACCUGAGAGCAGGAAGCUCCAAAGGGAAUGGGGGUAUGGACCUGGGCCUAUUAGUCCAUGAAGAAGCUGUAUUUAUUUUCCUUAUUCAUUAAGGUAAAGAAGACAGCAAAUACUGCUUGAGCCCUGGAUAUUUUAGCCAAUGGCCAGGCAUCCUGAGAAUGUGCCGGGCUCACUCUAGGGAGAAUGGUUCACUCCACCUCUUCCCCUAGAAAAGCUUAUGGGAAGCCACUGGGGUGUAAAAUUUGUUCUUUUUAUGAAAGGAUAUAUAUGUUUGCCCUUGUCAAUGCCCCCGGAGGCCAGUUAUAACAGCCGGAAGGACCCAAGACCACUAGAAGACUGGCAGAACCUCACCUUCAAAUAUAUGGAAAAAAUCCAGAAGAGAAGAAAGACAUGGCUGACAGUGGGGAUCUCAUCAGUGCAGCAAGGGGAUGGAAGCAGCCUCUUGUACACAUUGGUCUCCCUGUUCCGUGUUUCUUCUAAGGCUGAGCAGAAACGUCUCACGGUGCUGGUCCACCUGGCAGAUUCUGACCUCACCUGGCUCAGAGAAACUCUUGCCCAUAUUUCAAGCCUCUUCAGCCCACAGAUCUUGAAAGGGCAGUUGCUACUGAUCCAUGCUUCAUCCGAUGCCUACCCCACUGUGGAGAGCAUCAGGGAUGAGGCCUUUCAUGGCGAAUUCUACUCCAAGCAGAACGUAGAUCAUGCCUUCCUCAUGAGCUUUGCCACAAAGUUAUCUGAUUACUUCCUGUUAAUAGAGGACAAUGUCUUUUUUGCCCCCAACUUUGUCACCCACAUUCAUUCAAGGGUGACCACCAUGAAGUCCAACUCGUGGGUGCUAAUGGAGUUCUCCAAUAUGGGCUUCCUUGGCAAACUCUUCCACAGCAGGGACCUCCCACUCCUGGCCCAUUUCCUCCUUCUCUUCUACAAGGAGAAACCCCUUGACAGCCUGAUUUCUCAUUUCCAUACGCUCCUGGUCCAGGAAAGCCCAAUCCUCUGCAGACCUUUCCUAUUCUACCGCAGGGUCUCCUACACUGCCUUUGAUCACAAGCAGAAGGCCACAGCACUUCAGAAAAAGAAUGCCGAUGGUCCCAACAACCCGCCUGGAGCUGUCUUCACUGAUAUGCAGCUUUCCGAUGUGCAUUUCCCCUGGGAGGCCUACACUCUGGAUGAGUCAUUCUUUUGGACACACAACAUUAGUGUAGGAAACCACCUGACGGUGAUUCUGAACCAUCCAGCAAACCUGAGCAGGGUGCAAGUGAUGACGGGCUCCAUUGUGGAUGGGAGGUACGCCCUGGAGAAGGGGCAGGUGGAGCUGGGCUACCAACCUGAGGGGGUGCCGCAGCACUGCACCAGCUUCGCCUUGCUGGGACAUCUUUCGGAGGGGCAGAUGGAUCAGAAGAUACUUCUGAAAGGUAUGGGGUACCACGUGAGCUGUGUGAGGCUGGUGGUGAAAGCUGGUCAGGCUGGGGGGCUCAUGAUCAGGCAUAUCUACCUCUGGGAGAAAAAUGACAAAUAGCAGCAAGUGGAUCAAUGCUGAAGAUAAAUCAGUAGAGGUAUGAAAAAUUAAAAUCUUAAAGUCAUUU